AUGGAUGCAAUAACUUCGGGACUGAAGAGAACCCUAAUGAAACUAGAAACUUUCACGUCCGAUUUUGAAGGGGGAUAUCCUAUAGGAUCCUACCCAAAUUUUUCUUUUGCUAGGCCCAUAGCUAAAAAACCUACUUUCUUACGAUUACGAGGUUCAUUCGAAUAUGAAAUCCAAUCCUGGAAAUACAGCAUCCCACUUUUCUUUACUACACAGGGCUUCGAUACAUUUCGAAAUCGAGAAAUUUCUACCGGAGCGGGUGCUAUCCGAGAACAAUUAGCCGAUCUGGAUUUGCGAAUUAUUAUAGAUUAUUCGUUGGCAGAAUGGAAAGAAUUAGGGGACGAAGGGCCCCCAGGUAAUGAAUGGGAAGAUCGAAAAGUUGGAAGAAGAAAGGAUUUUUUGGUUAGACGCAUGGAAUUAGCUAAGCAUUUUAUUCGAACAAAUAUAGAACCAAAAUGUAUGGUUUUAUGUCUAUUACCAGUUCUUCCUCCCGAGUUGAGACCGAUCAUUCAGAUAGAUGGGGGUAAACUAAUGAGCUCGGAUAUUAAUGAACUUUAUAGAAGAGUUAUUUAUUGGAACAAUACUCUUAUAGAUCUAUUAACAACAAGUAGAUCUACGCCAGGGGAAUUAGUAAUGUGUCAGGAGAAAUUGGUACAAGAAGCCGUGGAUACACUUCUUGAUAAUGGAAUCCACGGACAACCAAGAAGGGACGGUCAUAAUAAGGUUUACAAGUCAUUUUCGGAUGUAAUUGAAGGUAAAGAGAGAAGAUUUCGUGAGACUCUCCUUGGUAAACGGGUCGAUUAUUCGGGUCGUUCCGUCAUUGUCGUAGGGCCCUCGCUUUCAUUACAUCGAUGUGGAUUGCCUCACGAAAUAGCAAUAGAACUUUUCCAGCCAUUUGUAAUUCGGGGUCUAAUUAGACAACAUCUUGCUUCGAACAUAGGAGUUGCUAAGAGUAAAAUUCGAGAAAAAGAGUCGAUUGUAUGGGAAAUACUUCAGGAAGUUAUGCAAGGGCACCCCGUAUUGCUGAAUCGAGCACCUACCCUGCAUAGAUUAGGCAUACAGGCAUUCCAACCCAUUUUAGUGGAAGGGUGCGCUAUUUGUUUACAUCCAUUAGUUUGUAAGGGAUUCAAUGCAGAUUUUGAUGGGGAUCAAAUGGCGGUUCAUGUACCUUUAUCUUUGGAGGCUCAAGCGGAGGCAUGUUUACUUAUGUUUUCUCAUAUGAAUCUCUUGUCUCCAACUAUUGGGGAUCCCAUUGCCCUACCAACCCAAGAUAUGCUUAUUGGGAUCUAUGUAUUAACAAGCGGGAAUCGCCGAGGUUUUUGUGCAAAUAGGUAUAAUCCGUGUAAUCGCAGAAAUUAUCAAAAUCAAAAAAUUGACGACAAUAGUUAUAAGUAUAUGAAAGAAAAAGAACCCCUUUUUUGUAAUUCCUAUGAUGCAAUUGGAGCUUAUCGUCAGAAAAGAAUCAAUUUAGAUAAUCCUUUAUGGCUCCGGUGGCAACUGGAUCAAUGCGUUAUUGCGUCAAGAGACGCUCCUAUCAAAGUUCACUAUGAAUCUUUGGGUACCUACCAUGAGAUUUAUGAGCACUACCUAAUAGGAAGAAGUAUAAAACAAAAGAAAUUCUGUAUAUACAUUCGAACCACUGUUGGUCAUAUUUCUCUUUAUCGAGAAAUUGAAGAAGCUAUACAAGGGUUUUGCCGGACCUGUUCAUACAGUACCCAAUAGUAUGGUAUUGAAGCUAAGUAAUUCUAUGACACCGAUGUGAAUUAUUGUCUCUCUGGUUCAAUUAGGACCCUAGUUACUAAAUUUCUACGCGAAUCGAAAUCGAGAAAAUGAAGUUUUCCAAUCAUUGACUCAAACCCAUUGUUAAACCCCACUCAGCGGAAUAUGGAGGUACUGGUACUUAUGGCAGAACGGGCCAAUCUGGUCUUUCACA